AUGCAGUGCAAUAACAUUAAUACUCCUAUUUCCAAUAUCACUGGCAAUAAUGGUAGCACUGAUAAUCAAAAAUAUCAUGUGAUUUUUAAAGAACUAGAAAAAAUCAACAAAAGGGUCCAUGAUAUAGAAAAGAUAUUAAUCGACGUUAAAUAUGCCACACAGGUUAUUAAUAAUAAUAUUAUUACAAUAAUUAAUGAAAGUAAUACAAAUAAUAAUGGUACCAGCCAUAUUGUUAACACAAUACAUAAAAAUAGUAACGGAAUUAGAACUUUGAAUAACAUCUUUCCUCCCAUUACUGCUACUUCAAACAACAACACAACUGUUACUACAGGCAUGCAUAAUGGUAACUACAAAAGCUCGAUUCCCAAUACUAAUAAUUCAACAGAUCCAGAAAUCGUAGAAAAUCAUAGCACUACUGCUGCAACUACAAUCGCCAAUAGUAUCGCUACUCCCACUUUUAUUAAUACUGCUCAUAAAACUAUGAUACAGGCAGACCCACCAACAAGUACAAAUAACAUACUUCUUACAAUAUCUGCAAAUGGUAGACGUCCCACCAACGACAUGGCAUUAGAAGACGAACAAGAAAGAUUGAAAUUACAAAUCAACUACUAUAAAAUACCACAAAGUUAUUCGAUCAAAAGUAUACUAUAUAGGUUUUUACCAAAACCAGAGAUAAAUAUAACAGAACCGCAUAGUAUUUGGGACUAUAACACCAAGUUUGAAUCUAAACAAUGGAGAUGUAAAGGAAAAAAUAAAUUCUCCAAUCAUAAUGCAAAAUUAAUAUCUAACGAGUUUUUAAUUUAUAAAAUAUUGAACUUGCUCUAUGAGCAUGGUCAUCAUUCUAGCGAUAACAGCAGGGUAUCUAUUGAUGAUUGUAUUAAUUUAAUGGAAAAGUUUUUCCAUGAUCGUGUCAGGAAAGUCAGCUCCAGAUCUUGUUCUGAUUAUGUCAGGAAACAUAAGAUAUUGGAAAAUAACUUUAAUAUUGUGACUGAAUUUGCACGAACCAGUGGAAUUACUUUUAAUAAUGAUAUUAUUACACAGGCUGAAAGAAUGUCUUAUAUUCAUAUGUCUAAAUUUAGGUUUUACAAUUACUACGCUUAG